GGCCGCAUUCCUGUCUCAUCCCCCAACUCGGCUACGAGAGAGAUAGAGAAGGAGAGAGAUGUCAGAAAAUGCCUUAAUUUCCUACAUAGUGAACAAAAUUGGCGACCUAUUCACCCAAGAAAUUUCUCUAAUUUGGAAGGUUGAAGACGAUGUUGAAUCACUGAAACAAGAACUACAGGCCCUCAAGAUCUUCCUCAACAACAUGGACUACAAGCAGAGACAAGACGUUGGCACGAAGAAUUGGUUGAGCUCCGUUAGAGACGUAGCAUAUGAAGCAGAGGACUUGAUCGACACCUAUACGCUCGAGAAGAGAACUAUAUACGUACCUAAAUUGCACGAGCAAAGAGGCGAAGGAAGCAACAGUAGUACAGCUGCAGAGCUAGGUCAUUUGCAUCCACCGAGACGAUCAUUUGCACACCUUAGUGAUGAUGUGGUUGUUGGUUUCGAACAUAAUGCUGAUCUUAUAGUGGAGAGGUUGCUUCACCCGGAGAGGCGUCGACAGGUUGUAGCCAUCACCGAGAUGGGUGGUGCGGGCAAAACCACUCUUGCGGCUGUGGAGGGGCUAGGGGGUCCAGUUCUUAACGGAGAAGCUAUAUUCGUUUUUGGAGCAGAGGAGAUACCUGAUAGUGUUCGAUGA